AUGAGAGGCACAAACACCACUAUUCCGCCAUCGGCACCAACUUCGAUGGCAGGACCAUCAAAACUCCGCACAGCUCCAUCCUACGCUGGAAGAUGGUCAAAACUGAACCCCGCUAUAACACCAUUCAUUUCCUCCCUACUCUCCGACCUCGGAUUUGCUCAAAUGACUCCUGUUCAAGCGUCCACGAUACCGCUCUUUUUGGCUCACAAGGAUGUGAUUGUUGAAGCGGUUACUGGGUCGGGUAAGACGUUAGCGUUCGUAAUUCCAGUUUUGGAGAUGCUGUUACGGAGAACGACAAAGUUGAAAAAGGACGAGGUGGGAGCGUUGAUUGUUAGUCCCACGCGGGAGUUGGCUGAGCAAAUUUACAAGGUCAUACAGAUGUUUUUGGAUGCACAGAGCAGCGCUGAAGCUGCUGCUGAGGAGCAAGAAGAGCAAGAAGAGCAAGAGCAAGAAAGUGACCCCGACUCAGAUUCGGACUCAGACGCACCACGCAAGGAACCAAAGCUCACCCACUCCACCAUAUCUCGCAAAACAACUCGUAUCUCCGGAGCACAACUCAUCGUCGGUGGUUCAAAGUCGACCCCACUGGACGAUUACCGAACAUUCCGAGACUCUGGACCAGACAUUCUAGUCGGGACCCCUGGUCGAUUGGAAGAGCUACUCACCCGCAAAGGAGUCAAAAAAUCCGAACUCGACCUCCUCGUCCUCGACGAAGCAGAUCGCUUACUCGAUCUCGGAUUUACCGAGAACCUACGUCGAAUCCUCUCCCUUCUUCCCAAACAACGCAGAACGGGAUUGUUCAGCGCAACAAUGACCGAAGCUCUCUCUGAACUAGUGCGAAUGGGUCUUAGAAACCCCGUACGAGUGGUGGUGAAGGUCGAAGCGAAAUCCAAACACUCCAAUAAGGCGGUGGAUGGAUUCAGGAGAACUCCGGCAACGUUGCAGAAUCUGUUUCAAGUGUGUAGGCCGGAGAACAAACUUGCUCAGUUAGUGCGGAUACUGUUAUUUGAGGCGAGUGAGAAGGGGAUGAGUGGUGGGGCGAAAAAGUUCAUUGUUUACUUUGCCACCUGCGCCGAGGUUAACUAUUUCUAUUCGGUGUUCAGUGCGUUGCCGUCGUUCAAGCAAAAGGGGAUAGAAUUGUUUGCGUUACAUGGGAAACAGACUCCUUCGAAACGUAAGAGUAUGUUUGAUGGCUUUGUUACAUCCACCUCUCUCGACCCUACUAAAGGCGGAAUGGGGUCGACCGUGUUAUUCUGUACUGAUGUCGCCGCUCGGGGGUUGGACUUACCAGACGUGGAAGUGGUGGUGCAAUACGACCCUCCAACGGACCCAAAAGUAUUUUCGCACAGAUGCGGUAGGACAGCUCGAGCAGGUCGACGCGGCAGAGCCAUCGUAAUGCUGCAUUCUGGUAGAGAGGAAGAUUUCGUUGCAUAUAUGGGUGGAAAACGUAUUCCACUCGCUCCUUAUCCUUACCUUUCCUCCACACUCGAAGGGGUUUCCGAACCUACAUCACCCACUGAUGAUCCAUCAGCACUGAGCAACGAUAUCGCCGCACGAGAACUCGAAUCUUCGAUCCGCAACCUCGCAAAAAGUGAUAGGGAAAUUUUUGACCACUCUAUUCGAGGAUACGUAUCCUAUAUCCGCGCAUACUCCAAACACGAAAUGUCGUACAUCUUCCGCAUCACCGACCUGGACCUCGCAGCUGUCGCACAUGCAUUUGCAUUGAUUCGGCUACCGGCUAUGCCAGAAUUGAAAGCUAGGAAAGCUUUUGACAUGACCUAUCCAGAGGAAAGCAUUGAUUUCGCUGCUGUUCCAUAUAAGGAUAAAGCAAAGGAGAAAGCUAGAUUGGCGAACAUGGAGCAGCACAGAUUGGAGAGAGAAGCGAAAGCUGCUGCGGUGAAGGCGAGGGAAGAAGAGGAACAGGAGGGGAACAGUGAUAGCGAUAGUGAUAUAUCAGAUGCCUCUUCGACCGGAGCAAGAUUACUGGGCUUUGCAGGGGAGAAGAAGAAGCGCAAAAAGAAAUUUGGCGAUGGUAUAACGGAGGGAGCAUGGUCAGCUCAAAGAGAAAAGAAGGAGUUGAGAGAGGCGAAGAGAGAAAAGCGCGCGGCCAAACGCAAGUUCCUCAAAAAUCAGGCUCAUGAGGUGAAGAAGCAAGAGCAAGCUGAGGCCGAGGCUAAGAAGGCUGAUACAAAUAGCAAGAAGUCGAAAAAGGGAAGGAAAGAUCAGGAAGAGGAAGAGGAGGAUGAAGAUUGGGAUCAAGAGUAUAGAAAACUGAAAAGGCAGAAGAAACAACAACGUCGCGGAGCUAAUCGAGAUGCAUUUGGCUUCGCAGGCGGUGAUGAUGACAAUGACGAUGGGAAUAGCGACGAGAUGGCCGGCGGAGGAGGGGAGAAGGAUGAAGAACCUUUCUUUGUUUUGUAA